CAAUACCGAAAUGCGUAAGAACGCAACGAAUGAUUUUGAAAAAUCAUUGUUCAAAUUGAUGAUCAAUGCAAUAUUCGGUAAAACCAUGGAGAAUAUUAGAAAACACCGGGUUGUUUACAUACGAAAAAAUUGGGAUGGAAAGCAUGGAGUAAAAAAAUUGAUUGCUAAGCCCAAUUUUCAUAGUAUGACAGUGCUCGAUAAUGACGUCAGUAUUGUAGAGUUGAAAAAGACUGAAAUAUUUUUAAACAAACCAAUCUAUGUAGGCUUCACUAUUUUGGAUGUAUCGAAGACGUAUGUGUAUGAUUUUCAUUAUAAUUACAUGUACCCUCGAUACGGUCGUGAAAAUGUUAAGCUUUUAUACACAGAUACCGACAGUUUAGUUUAUGAUAUAUCAAAUAUUUCCGUCUAUGACGUCAUGAGGCAGGAUAUUGAUCGCUUUGAUACUGCUGACUUCGCACUUGAUAACAUCUAUAAAAUACCGCUUCGUAAUAAGAAAGUAAAAGGUUUAAUGUCUGAUGAAAACAAUGGUGAAGUAAUGUUGGAAUUUGUUGGAUUGCGAAGUAAGAUGUAUACAGUUCGGGUGCAAAACAAGACAGAGACGAAAAAAUCAAAAGGUCUCAAGAAGUCAGCAAUUCGAAAGCUUACUUUUGAUGAUUAUAAAAAAUGUUUGAUAGAGAAUCGGAAAUCGUAUAAUCAUCAACAAAGCAUUCGAUCGAAGCGCCACAAAAUUCAUACCAUCAAACAGCAGAAAGUGGGCUUAUCACCAUUUGACCAAAAACGAUACAUUACUCACAAUUCAUGUGAAACAAAACCAUGGGGCCACUAUAGCAUUAUUUGUUGAGUAAAUGUGUCCUGCUGUUGUUGUGAUGAUCC